AUGGCAUCCACAACAACCUCCAUCCCCCGCUUCCUCCUCCCCCAGUCCGGCCUGAUCUGGCGCCGGGCAGCCCCGAUCCCGACCUCCGCUUCCGCCCCGGGCCGCAUCUUCCUCCGGCUCGCCAGCACCAAACCGAAUCCCCCUCCCGGAGGGCGAGUGCUCGCCAAGCCAGAACGCUUCAACCCCCCCUCCCACGGCGCCCGUCUCCCCAAGAAUACCCCGCCUCGUCAUUACGGCGGGGAGCUCAGCUAUGAAGAAGCUUCAGCGCAGGCCGUGAGGGACUACCCGGGGAUGGCACCACCAGAGCACACGAUGGCCCACCGGAUCCUGCACAACCGCUGGAUCCACGUCGUCAUCACCGUCGGCACCCUAACCACGCUCGCCAUCUUCACCUUCACACUAUCCUUCCAAAAGACCUCACCCUUCGCCGACAUGCUGCCCUCCCGGUCCGACUUCCUACGGCAGCCGCUCGCGUCGACACGCAUGGUGAUCGAGGUGGUGCGGCUGCACGAGGCGCACAAGACGGCGCGCAUCAACGAGAAGCGGCGGCGCAACGUCGACGACGUGGCCAAGCGCGCGGCGUACCGCAAGGCGCAUGGCCUGCCGGAUGAGAUGGGCCUGUUUAAUCAGCCGAUGGCGAGGAUUCGGUCAGAUGAGGGUGCGGAUGCUGCGGAUGUUGCGGUGGAGGGCGGUCGUGGUGGGGGGGAGGGAGUGGUGGCUGCUGCUGCUGCUGCUGCUGCUGCGGAGAGUAGUGGGGCUAAGAAGGAUGGGGAGCAUGACGUGAGGCGGUUGUCGGAGAAGGAGAGGCAGGCGGUAGUAGAGAAGGCGAAGAAGGGGUGGAUGGGUAUCUUUUGA